AUGAGGAUUCCUAGUGCCUUAGUCACCACCGUUCUGGGUGCUUUCCUUGUCCCCGUGUGCUUCGGUCUCGAGUGCUACAUCUGCACGAACCAAGACGAGAACAACGCCAAAUGCACAUCGACCAUCCAGUUAUGUGAGCCCCAUCAGGACCGCUGCAUGACAGAGGUUCGGUGGGGCUCGACGCCUUACUGGGCUCCGACGGGCGAAAAACAGUUUUACGUUUCAAAAUGGUGUUCGAAUCAGACCGUAUGUGAGUACACGAUCCGACGCCAGUCCAAGAGAUGCGAUCGGAUCUGGUACAACGAUUGGGAGUGCUCAGAAUGUUGCACGGGAGACAGAUGCAAUUACUAUGUGACUCUCGGAGCUUCCGGUUUGAAGUCAUCGAUGCAUUUACUCCUGGGGUUUGCGGUACUUGCCCUGGUGAUCCGCCGCUCAUGA